AAGCCAUGCGUAACCAGUCCGCGGUUGUCUCUUCAAACAUGAAGGUCGACUAUUUCACGCACGUCAGGAGGCUGAUGAUGGUGAUCGGGAUCUGGAAAGUAGACACUGGGAUGUCCAUCUCCCAAAAGCGGUUUUACCGAGUCUACUCUUUGUCCUUCCAAUUGUUCUGUCAUUCGGUGGCGUUCUCGUCGCUUGCAGAGAUUCCAUCGCUGGUAAAAUCCAACGUGGGCGCUGCGAUGGACAACGCGAAUAGGUUCGUCGUAUAUGUAGUCAUCAUCAUCAAGAUGAUCGUCUGGCAGUCCAGAAGGAUGGUCGACCUGCUAGGGGUAGUCUUGGAGCAAAACCAGCAGAUGCGAAGUGCUACUUUGAAUGACCAGGAUAUCCUCAGAUUGUAUCUGAGACAUGUGAGGUACAACCACAAGUUCAUGUUCCUCCUUGUCUUCUCUGGAACCAUUAUAGCUUUUGCCAUAGCUGCUAUAGGAGACACAAGCGUAUAUAAAUUCGUUCAGUCGCCUGAGAAUGCCAACGCUACCGAGAAACCGUUGCUCUACCGGUAUUGGUACCCUUUGGACAGGAACGAGUACUACUUGGUCGCCUUGGCAGACCAACACGUCAGGCCGACGCUCAGUUGUUUUUGUCUAGGUGUCACGAGCGCUUCGCUCAACUCCCUGGCGAUAUUCGUCGGAAUGCAGUUGAAAGUGUUGCAACACCACUUCCAGCACUUUCGUCAGCAGCAGGAGGAAGCAUUCGACAGCUUGAAGUUGUUGUGCGCAAAACAUCAACAUCUGAUAGAGUUUUAUUUUAGAUAUACCAUAGAGUUCAGCGAAUCGCUCAAGCACAUAGUGCUGCUAGAUUACAGCGUGUCAUCGAUCACAUUCGCGAUGCUGAUCCUCCAGAUCACCACCGGAGAAAAAUUAGUGAUUAGCGCCACCAUAUUGACGUUCACCACGCUUCAGCUGAUGACGUUUUCGUGGAACUGCAACGAGAUCAUAGUGCAGAGCACUGAGCUGACUACAGCGCUUUUCAAAAGCGACUGGUACGAUCAGGAUAAACCUGCCAAAGUACUGAUCCACAUAAUGAUGAUGCGGUGUCAGAAACCUCUGUGUUUGCGUAUCGGCUGGUUGGGAGUGAUGGAUUUGGAAGCCGGAAUAUCGGUCGACUAUUUCACGCACGUCAGGAGGCUGAUGACGGUCAUCGGCAUCUGGAAAGUGGAAAAUCCACGCCACUCGAUGUUGCGAAAACGGAUCUACCAAGUCUACUCGGUGUCGUUCCAAAUGUUCUGCUAUUCCGUGGCUUUGUCGUUACUUGCCGAAAUACCAGCGUUGGCAAGGUCUGACGUCAUGGGCGCGGUGGACAACGCGAACAGAUUCACCGUGUACAUAGUCAUCAUCAUCAAGAUGAUCGCGUGGCAAUCUACAAGGAUGGUCGAUCUGCUUGGAGUCAUGUUGGAACAAAACUUGCAAAUAAAAGCUGCGUCACGCGCUGACCUCGCGAUCCGCAGGUUGUAUCGAAACCACGUGAGGUACAAUCACAAAUUUGUGUUCGUCCUUGUCUCCUCCGGGGUUGUUAUAUCGCUUAGCAUUUCUACGGCAGGAUUCGUGGGCGUGUAUCGGUUCAUCCAUUCUCCGGAAAAUAAAAACAGUACCGAAAAACCGCUGCCCCUCAAGUUCUGGUACCCUUUCGACAGUAAGCAGCACUUCCUGCUAGCCUUGGCGGACCAAAACAUUAGGCCGACUUUCAGCUGUUUUUGCCUCGGUGUGACUAGUGCGUCACUCAACUCCCUGGCGAUAUUCGUUAGGGUCCAGUUAAAAGUGUUGCAGCACCAUUUCAAGCACUUUCGCGGUGGGCUGGAAGCGGCCAUCGACAGUUUGAGGCUGCUGUGCAUCGAACACCAACGUUUGAUAGCAUAUACGAUAGAGUUCAGUGAAUCGCUCAGGUACAUAGUGAUGCUGGAUUAUACGGUUUGCUCUGUCACAUUCGCGCUUUUGAUUUUUCAAAUAGCAACGGGAGAGGAGCUGUUAAUCAACUUCACCAUAUUAACGUUCACCAUCUUCCAGCUGAUGACGUUUUCGUGGAACUGCAACGAGAUUAUAGUGCAGAGCACAGGGCUGGCGGACUCGCUUUUCGAAAGUGACUGGUACAAUCAGGGUCAGCACGCGAAAGUACUGAUCCACGUAAUGAUGAUGCGGUGUCAGAAGCCUCUGAGUCUGCGUAUAGGAUGGCUGGGAGUGAUGGAUUUAGAUGCGGGGCUCUCGAGGCUGAAAUUAGGUUAUUCUUACACCUCGAUUAUGAGAAACUGA